AUGUCGAGGCUCUCACCGUCACUGAAGGCCCUCAUUAACGCGCCCUUUGCGCGCCCUGGCCAGACCCCAGCGCCGUCGCACAUGCGGGAAGUUUACCAGACAGUUGCGCGCGAUGCGGCCUCAAAAAACGUUGGCACAAAGCCAUGGCUGGCGAUAUCGGCCGCAGCUACAUUCACUAUGAACUCUCCCGAAUCCCUCGAGUGUCUCUAUAACGUCGCGUCGUCUUCCGGUCGUCCGGACAAGCGCGAGACGGCCGAGUUCGUCCGCGAGAUUGGCCUCAAGUGCAUCAGCUUCAACGGCAUCCCACGCACCAUCAACUGCCUGAACGCAUUCUACGCGAGCCUCCCCAAAGAUGUGACGGCGCAGCUGGAGACGAAGCCGACGCGCACGCCCAAUGCGCAGAACAUUGGCGACAUUACUGCCCGUGGCCAGGCACUCUGGGACUCCAUCUACGCGCCUUUCGAGGUCAAGUUGUACGAGAAACUGGCGCAGUCGCACCCCGACUUGCCGGUGCACAUCCUGAACAGCCACUACGCGGGGCUGUUGUCGGAUCCCAAGGAGCGCGGCGGCCUGGCGAGCGUAGGGAGACUCCUGACGUCCGUCGUCGCCAUCUCAUGUUUGAGGGCACAAUCGGGCGUCGGCCCGCAGGUGCUGUCGCACGUCUUCGGACUGAGGAAGGGACUGGAAGACGGCACGUUCAAGGCGGACAACCAGGAUGACAUCCAGGGCGCAAACUGGCUGGCGAGCGACGAGGGCAGCGAGUGGAUUCUGAACUCGGUUGAUACCAUCACGGAGGCGAUUGGCGGGGCGGCGAGGUCCAACUUUGCGCCUGCGCGUGAGUCCAAGUUGUAG